GACAGCGAGCCGGAUCCGGGGCACAGGAUAAACGGCCCGAGCUAGUAGGGAACGGGAAGGGAUUCAGCCGAGCCGCCCGAAUUAUUUUUAUUUAUCCCGGACCGUAGGACUAGGGAGCCCGGGAUUACAGUGCCAACACCACGGAAGAGAAACUGGCUCGAACUGCCCUUACUCGGCGCCCAGACAAACGGCAAAGCUGGGGAGAGGCGGGGGUGAGCCAGAGGGCGGGGGGCACCGAGUGACCGAGUGGGGGAACCCCGAGCAGAACGCAACGCCGGGGGCAUUGUAUCGGGAAGUGAGCGGGCGAGGGAAGCCGAGCCGUCUGGAUUCCCAGCCAGCCCGCAGCCGGGACAACGAGUCCACGGUAAGGACACGGCUGCACUGGGACGACUGGAGAGGAAGGAGGUUCUGACAGUUUCCCUCGUGGUGUCUGUGUGGAGAAGGCCACACACACUCCUGUACAACGACGGCUUUUGCUUGCGUUUUCCAGUGUUUCUUCUGUCAGAGAGUGCACCAGGCCUGUAACUCUUCGACUGCCAGCCCUGAGCUCAGCAGCGAAGAACAUCCGUUGGAAAUGGUGAAGAUGACAAAAUCAAAAACCUUCCAGGCUUAUCUGCCAAACUGCCACCGGACAUACAGCUGCAUUCACUGUCGAGCUCAUCUUGCGAAUCAUGAUGAAUUAAUUUCUAAGUCAUUCCAAGGCAGCCAGGGACGUGCAUACCUGUUCAACUCUGUGGUGAAUGUGGGCUGUGGCCCUGCUGAAGAAAGAGUGCUGCUGACGGGAUUGCAUGCUGUGGCAGACAUCUACUGCGAGAACUGCAAAACAACUCUGGGAUGGAAAUAUGAACAUGCCUUCGAGAGCAGUCAGAAGUACAAAGAAGGAAAGUUCAUUAUUGAACUGGCCCACAUGAUUAAAGACAAUGGGUGGGAGUGACCAGUGACUUACAGACCCCUGCUGCUCUGUUUUAAAGACUGUGUAUGAGGCUGAUCUAAUGGACAGAAAAUGCUCUGCUAGAAGACAGUUCUGAGAACAUUUGCUGACUUUUUUAAAAAAAAAAACCUUACAGCUGAACCAUUGAUGUUGCCUUCUUGUUGGCCCUUUUGCUCUUUUUUUAAUCUUUGUCUAGGUUUGGUGUUCUCUUGUGUGAAACACUGUAAAACAGCUAUAGAUGAGAUUUUUUUCAAAGCUCUUUACGGUUUGAGCGAGGAGAAAUGGUUAACUUUUAUUUUUGGAAAGUUUAGCUUUACAGACGACUGUUCUGAACUUGGCUGUUCUCACUUCCCCUCUUUUAAACUCCCCUCUAAAUGUCACUUCUAUCGCUGUUCAUGCUCUGAUACAGAAAUAAGUUGGCUGAUCAGCAUGGAGAUCAUUGUGAAGGGAGUUUAUAUACGUUUAUACAUCUACAUCUAAAUGUAGCAUUUUUUUUAUUUUUAGAGUUGUUUUGGGACCGGGAAGUAAUGGUUGCAGUGUUGUGACACUGAGGUACAGUUGAAUCCCCAUAGGCUGCAUUUCGUUCCGUUAUUCCAAGACUGUUGCUAGAUGGCCAGUGGGCAUAAAUCUAGCAUGUAGCAGCUGUAGCAUUUAAUGGGAGCUGUGGUAAGGGGAUAGUGGGGACCCACUGAAAUUGUACAAAGGUAGGUUUAAGGACACAUAUGGCUGGUUCCAUGUAGCAGUAUACUUAUGCACUGGACAAAAUUGGGCGCAAAAGUAGGUUUUCUGGGUAUAACAUCCUUUUUGUUUUUAAACGUAGAGCUGGGCUCCUGGUCUGCAAACUGUUAAAACUUAACGGAUGCAUAAAGUUCCCUUGCCUGGAACGCGUACACACUCCAGAACUUUGCUUUUGCUCCUUUUUUUAAACAAGUUUUAUAUUUUUCUUUCCUCGCAUUCUCCUAUUCUGAUCUCUGCUUCCUGUUUUCUUUUCCCAAAUUGUCAUUCCCAAUUCUUGGAGUAUGGACAGUUUCUGGGUGCAAUGGUUUGCUGGUUAAAUCAUUUUUUUGUCGUAUGGGUGCACCUGCUACAGGUAACGGUGCACUCUGCUGCUAGACAUUUCAUAUGCAGUGUUAACAGGAAGGUCCAGCAGAUACUUUUUUUAAAUAGUGUUCCUAUCACCACUUAUAGCCAACUUUUUUUUGCCUGCUCUCUUGCUGUCAGAAUUUUCAUUCCUUGGUGCCGUGCAUUGAGUUGAAAUUCUUUGGGGAUGGGUCCUGAUCAGAUACGCGCCACUGAAGAAGGAACAUUUUUUUGGAAACCAAGUCGGGGCCAGUCUGGUUACUGAGCCGAUUUCAAGAGGGUCGCACUACAGAAAUUAAAUACUUGAAGCAGACAACAGAUCGAGGAUCUUGUUGAACCAGUUUCCCUAUAUAUAAAAAGAAAACAUUUUUGUACAUUUAGAAGAAGAAACAUAUUUAAGGUUUUAUACAUAUUUUUACUGGGUAAGUUGAUUUGCUUCCCCUACCUGAGCACUUUUGUUCUCUGUAAUUCUUGUGUUUUGUUGCAAUAACAUUUAACUUUGCAAUCUGAUUUAGUGUUUGUUUUCAGGUUUUGUGAUUUUUGCUUUUCAUUUUUUGCCUUUAAAAAAAAUAAAAGAUGGAGAGGGUUGGGGUGGGAAGGGCAUCUCUUCUUGGACCAAUGGAGCAGGCUGUUGUGCUGGCUAAUCCCAGGGUGCUUGUCCGUUGGUUUAACAUCCAGAGACUGAUAACAUUUUAAAUUUAUUUUUAAACACUUUUAUUUUCCUUUCACUACAAUCAAUGUUUUUUUGUUUGAGAUCUCUUUUAUUUUGGUUGAGGCUUUAGAGUUGUUGAUAUCCAUCCAGUAGUAAGUGAGUUUUGCUCUGAAGAACUGAGGGCAGUGGCCAUUUGGUGUUAGUGCACAAGAAGAAUGUUAAGUCUGGAGCAUUCUUUUCUACAAGGGUGUUUGACAAUAUUACAAGUUCUAAAGCAUGUUAUAUAUUGUUAAAGUAAUUUUUUUUUCGUGCCUGAAUUCUUUUGUAUUUUUUAUAAACUUGAAUGCUUUUAUUACCUCUCCUCACCCCCAACCCUUCAUAGCUAUUGGGACUAUACAUUGCUUUGCUGAUCUGUCUUGAAACUACAUCAACUUUGUGCAGCAACACACUGUAUUGUACUGGAGUUAAAAUAAAAGACUCACCAGGA